UUGAAAUCGGGCAUAACUCAUUGUGAUAUUCAGCAUUUAUUUCUCCGCCUGCGAAAAUGUCUUUUUUGGCUCCUUGUUUCACCCCGGGCUCAAUAGUGCGAUGUACAACUUGCUUUGGCGAGAAUAUUUCGGGAGAGGUGGUGGCCUUUGAUCUGGGCGUUAAAAUGCUGAUGAUGAAGUGUCCAUGGAGCAAAGGCGGUGGUGACCAGAAGACCACCUACAAAACCACUAUUGUGAAUCUCUCCAUGUGCGUGGACAUUGAGAUAGUCAUGGAAAUGCUGCCCCCAGAGGAUGUUCAACUGCCAGAACCGAUCAAUAUCCAGAUGCUCCAAGAGCGAUUGCAACGGACAACCGAACGACGUUGCAUUUGCAGCGGUUGGUUUCACGGAAAACCACUAUUUAGGGUGAUGGCCAUGCAUUUCGGAGAUGCCAAUGUCAGGUGGCAAAACCAAGGCCGCAACAUGGCCAUCAAUAUACUGCAUCGGGUGACCAUUGAAGCCCCGUAUGCAGUGCAAAAUAUCAGAAACCAGGGGUGUGACCCAAAAUUACUGGAGAACGUCCAGCGCAUCGUCGCCAACUUCUACAAUGAACAAUAAGAAAACGACGUCUGUGCCCAUGGCAACAGUCGUCUUGAUAAUGGCCUUCCCAUUCUCUGAGCGCUUUGUUUAUCAACAAAACAAUUCGAAAUACAUAUAGACUCAACAACCA